AUGCCAGUGUAUGGGAAAUUUUUCAAUGAGCUAAACACUUAUAAGAGGAAGUAUGGACCUAAUGAGAAGGUGAUGGUGUCUGAAAAUAUGAGUGAUGUGCUUCAAAGAAAGCUCCCACCAAAACUCAAGGAUCCGAGUAGUUUUUCUAUCAAUAUCACCAUUGGAGACAAGCUAGUUGAAAAGGCUAUGCUUGACUUGGGGGCUAGCAUCAAUUUAAUGCCCUAUUCAGUGUACCUUCAAUUAGGUUUAGGGGAUUUGAAGGCAACAACUAUUUCAUUGCCACUUGUUGAUCGAUCAAUGAAAUAUCCAAGAGGUAUAGUGGAAGAUAUCUUAGUUCAAGUUGACAAACUAAUUUUGCCUGCUGAUUUUGUAGUGUUGGACAUGGAAGAGGCUUCUAUACGUGAUCGUGAGUUACCUAUUUUUCUUGGGAGACCCUUUACGGCCACGGCAAAGACUACCAUAGAUGUGCAAAAUGGUCUCCUCACCAUGACCGUGCUAGGAGAAACUGUACAAUUCAAAGUGUUUGAAUCUCUUUCUCACCCUUCUAGUUCAAUUGAUUGUUGUUCGAUUGAUGUGUUUGAUUCACUUGUUUUCUCUAAAUUUUUGCUGGCUCAAUCCAAUGAUCCAUUACAAUAUUUUGAGUCAAUCUCAAAAUGA